CCCAAAAGUCCCAAAGAAGUGUUGACUUUGUUCCGCAUUACAAGAGAAAGCGAGAAGACAGACGUUCGGACUCGAAAACAUCCAUGCGUUUUAGAUGUAAAACGACCGGUACCAUAAGCCUCUUUAUGUUUCAUAAUCAGUCCGGGUUUUUUUUUACAUGUUCGCAGUUUCCUCAGUUAAAGUCUGUUGAAUUUCUGUUUUCCAGUUCCUGCUUCUGAAUGAAUGCAGAACUGUUACAAAGCAUUCAGGAGCUCACGUUCGUCUGAACGCCUUCGGAUCGAAUGGAAUGGCUUGAACAUGUCGUGUGAGAGCGCACGUUCGCGUAUGAUCGUCCGCAUUUGCGUUAACGAUGGCAGCAGAGCUCGUGGAUCAAGGAUUCGCGAAUCUCGCCAAGGCGUUCGAGGUCAUUUCCCAGGCCGGCCAGGAUCGCUGGGUCAGCCUGACAUUCAAAAGGGCCGACACGCGGGCCGAGGAGAUGGUGAAUGUCAUGUGCUUGAUUCUCCUCAAGAAGAUCGGAGAGGCGCAUGCUAAGCUAGCGGCUAACGUCGACAGCAGCAUCGGAAAAUACUUAGCCGAAUUGGUCAAAACGCACGGAGAACGCGUGAGCAGCAGCCACAUUGGCGCUUUUAAGUCAACAGACGCCGAUACGUUGUUGGAUAUCGCGAGAAUUUUCGCCGUUCUGGUGCAGGAGAGGUUGUGCGACAAGUUGCUACGAGACCGGGCGUACCGCGAAGCUCUUGCGUCAAGCAGAAAGGCUGGUUUGCUAUCUUUAGACGUCGAGGAGGAAGUAAAGCAGGUCUGCGGGCCUGACGUUAUCGACGAAUCCAACACCGAACUCCCUACCGAAACGCUCAAUUUAUCCUCGCUUCGUCAAAACAGCGGACCCGCGCCAAGUUCGCAUUACAGUAUCGAAAUAAGCUUGCCAACUGCUCCAGAAUCCAGUAUGGAAGAAUCGAAGCCGACGAGUCUACGAACGCCAACAGAUGGUGAAGCCACAAACGAUCAAGUCCAGCUACGGCAUAUUUGCGCAAAGGACCGGCGACCGACAGCGGAAGCCAAUGAUGCGACGAAGUCGAAGCGAGACGAAUCUAGCUCCCAACUCGUAACAUCCAAAAACACGGAUCUCAGAUUUUCAUCCAUCCCGAACGACGACGAGAAGCUUCGAGCUCGACGGCUAAGUGAUAACGAUCGCAAACUGCCAACGCAACCAAUCGGCGACGCAGAAGAAGUGUUUUACGACUUCGUGAUCCUGCACGAAGCCGAAGACGCCGACGAGGCCCAAAGGCUCAGGGACAAACUCGAACGUAUGACUUCUGGAGUGGGUGCAACGUUUUCCGACGACUUCGCGCAACCAGGAAUGUCGACGUUGCGAUGCAUAGAGGACGCCAUCGAGGACUCCGCGUUCGUGCUGCUGCUGCUCACCCGGAACUUCGGCUCCAGCCUCAGCGCGACUAGCGCAGAUUCGGCGAUCGUGAAUUCGUUGGAAAACCACCACAAAAUGAACUCGGUGAUUCCGCUGCUGCCUCGCAAUAACUGUUUGCCGCGCCAACGUUUUCCGCUGGUGCUUCAGACGAAGGUCCCUCUCGAUGAGAGCAGCAGAAUGUUCGAACGCAGCGCCCGAAAGGCCAUCUCAUCGGAGAAAGUCGCGACUCAGAAGAAGAUCUGGACGAGGAAACGGCUUCGUGCUAAAAUAGUAGAGGAGCAGAAGAGACUACAAGAGGAGAACGCUGCGAACGUGGAGCUGCAACGAGAGAAGGAAAAAUUAGCGCGACUGAGGCUGGAAAGCGAAGUGCAGCAAAAUUACGCAUUUUAUCCGCCAUCUGCCCCUCCGUCGCAUGGAGCGAUGCAGCAGCAGCAGCAGCAGCCGCAGUGCAUCCACAUCGAGAACGCACAAAAUAUCAUGAUCGGAAAUCACUCGACGAUGAAUAUCGACCAUGCCAAAAAUUUGGCAGAUCAGUUUGAUUCAUAAACCUGGUGUGUGUUUUCACAAAAACAGGUGUUGUGAGAAAUCACGCGUGCCUCUGGGAACUGUUGUUUCAGCCAAUCAGAACACUGUCAAUCUUUUGUUGAAUUGUCAGGUUCGCUAACAUCCGGUUGGUUGAUGUGCUUUUGGGGGCGGGGUUGGAAGAAGGCCUGAUAAAUUUUAUAUUGUUGUAUCAAUUAUGGUGGUUUAUAGUUCUCUAUUUUAUAUAUAUAUAUAUAUAUAUAUACACAUUUAUUAUUACAUUUUGCUUAAAAAGUCCAUCAACAAAACCCAUAAGAAAACCAUCAAAGAAAAAAAAAAGAAAGCAAAAUGUCUAAUAUGUUACCGUAAGGAAAAAGGUAAAAAUAUAAUAAAAUAUAAUAUAUAAUAUAAAUAUAUAAUAAAAUUAUAUUUGCCAAUUGACAGCAAGGUAGGUGUUUGCACUUUUUUUGUGUUGUAUUAAUGACAAAACAAUUCUAAAUUAUUCUGUAUUACUGUGCUUGAAGGGAAAUAUUUUAAUUUUUAAUAAAAAUAAUUCUGUAAAA